AUGUUUACUUGCUCUCGGCUUUGGCAGGCAGAACAGAUAGACACGCUGCAGGCGUACCUCUGCCUCAACACAAGAGGAGGGAUUAUCCUGGCGUGGUUCAACGGGCGCCGCGACGGAGGUAACAACCGUAGCAUUGAUCCCACACCAAUGUCAGUCCUAGAACUAACGGCUGUCGUGUAUGGCCUUGCGUGA